AUGAGAUAUGUUAUUAUCUAUACUCUUGAUUUUAUACAUACAGUUUUGCUUCAAGAUUCUUCAGCUGCUUAUGGCACUGAAUUUUAUGUUGGAGCCAUGAGAAACUUAAGAGGAGAUACCGAUGACCUUCUUCUGUAUAUCACAACUCCCUCUGUCUCUUCAGUUUCUUUUUCAAUUAAAACUACAAAUGGAAUCAUUGGUAGCUACAGUGUCAAUAGCAGUGUCCCUGUUGAUAUUAGUUUACCAACAUCACUUGUUACUAAUGAUGGCCUUUAUUCAAGUCGCUUCAAAGGAGUAUAUAUUUACUCAACAAAUGGAGGAUUAAUCUCUGUACUAGUGGUUAAUGUGAGACCUUACACUUUUGGAGACUAUAUGGCCUACCCAUAUCAGAACUUGGCCCUUUCAGAGUAUCAAUAUUAUGCUGUAUCUACUGGGACACUUGCAACAUUAAGUGAUAAUUCUUUAAGUGAAGUAUUAUUAGUUGGAAAUGAAGAUAAUACAACUGUCACUGUCAUCCCUACUCAAACUGUUUCUGUCCCUAUUGAUAUUCAGACAAAUAGUAGCAGUAAAGCAGUCACUGCUGGCUCAUCGUUCACUUUUACCAUUCACAGAAUGCAAACGUUUCUUAUUGGUGCCCCAUUACUUGACAUCAGUGGAACCAGUAUUGUGUCUAAUAAGCCUCUGACAGUAAUCAGUGGUCAUGAGUGUGGCAACAUUCCACUUAUUUGCUGCUGUCAACAUAUUGCUGAGCAGAUACUUCCAACAAUAAUGUGGGGCAGAGAAUUCCUUUUGACUCCUUAUGCAACACGAUCACAUGGCCCUUACUUUAAAGUUGUAGCAGCUUUAGGAAGCACUUCUUUAAAUUUCACUUGUUCUGCUAGUGGAGGCAAUAACUUUAAUUUACAAAAUGCAGGAGAUGUCACUACUUUAUAUUCUAGUUCCAGUUACUGCUCCAUUAUUUCUAAUGAACCAGUGCUAGUGACACAGUUAGGACCAAGUCAAGACUCUGGAAGUGGUAAAGGUGAUCCAGUCAUAUCACUGAUUCCCCCAAUAGAACUGCAUCAACAGAACAUAACAUUGCUACAAAAGGUUCAUUGUACAUCAAUGGCCAGUUACAAUCAGUAA